AUGCGGUCGGUUGAACUGUCCGCAACCGGGGUGACUAGUUUUAGAGGCAGAGAGGCAGCCUGGCAGGACCGCAUCAGAAGAGGAAAUACUUACGACUUUCCAAAGAUGAAAAUGUCACGGGAACUGCCGAAAAGACACGAGAGCAUGAUGAACAGCGAGGACCCGGACAUUGAGGUUGUUGGUGGCGACGUGGGUAAAAAGCUACACUUUAACCCCGUUAGAGCGGCAGUGGCAUUACAGCUGUGCAGAAAGCUCAAGGUAGACUGUAGAAAGAGGUAUAGCAAAUUCACGGAUGUCUGUGAAUUAGGAGCUCCUUGUAAGAACGUGAAGAUUAAAAGCGACGGGAAUUGCUUCUUUAGGGCAGUCAGUGUAGCCGUGAGCGGUACCGAACGCCAUCACGGAAGAAUAAGAGAAGCUGUGGUGAAUCACUUGCAAAGCAAUGAAGCUGCGUACGCCAACAUUCUGAGAAGGGGUUACCUUUCGGUGUCGGACUUCGUCGACGCAUCUGAAAUCGGCUCUCCAGGAAGUUGGGCGACAGAGGUUGAGAUUCAAGCGACGGCGGAUUAUUUGGGCGUCGACGUAUUCACGUAUUACACCGACCGUUGGCUUCGGUACAGUUGCGACAGCGUUCGGGUCUCUAAACAGGGGAUUUAUUUAGCGAAUAGCGGCAGCCAUUACGAGACCGUCGUUUGUGUCACAAGUCCUCCGAAGCGGUCUUGUUGCGGCUACUGCAAACUAGGCGUAGUUGCGUCAGACACGUACGAUUGUCUGACCUCAAAUUCUGCCUACGCCGAUUCUGCAUCUCGAUCCGAGAUUGCUUCGCCGUCACCGACAUCGAUUCGUCCGGAUAACACGGUGUCUGUGAAUGACGUCGACUACUGCGAAAAGGCGAGCGAUGAGCGCGAGGAGGGGUCCCGCCGCUCUGACGAGCGUCGAGCUGCGAGGGAUUUUUAUCGAGAUGCCGACAGUCCUCGGAGCCGCUACGAGUAUGACGAUUACCGCAGUGACGCCGCCGAGCUAGACGUCGGAGGACGCUUCGGCGAAGAUGAGGCCUGGGAGAAUAAUCCUGACGAAGAGCGUGACCGCUAUGGAUGGCUAUCAAGGAGACGUGUAGAAAAUUAUAUUAUCGUUGAAAAUAUGGAGCAUCGUCCCUACGGCGAUAGCCUUGUAACUCCGGGCGACGCGGAGGAUACCGCCGAAGCUGAUUUACCGCGUAACAGCGUUGCGGAUUGGCGUGAACUUUUCGACCGCUCUGAUGAGCGUCGAACUCCGAGGGACUGGGAGGGCACGAGUGACCGCGAUGCCGACUUUUACCGAGAUUCUAACAGUCCUUGGAGUCGCCGUGAGUAUGACGAUUACCGCAGUGACGCUGCAGAGCUAGAAGUCGAAGGGCGCUUCGGUGAAGAUGAGGCCUGGAGGAAUACUCCCGACGUAGAGGGCACGAGUGACCGCGAUGCCGACUUUUACCGAGAUUCUAACGGUCCUCGGAGCCGCCGUGAGUAUGACGAUUACCGCAGUGACGCUGCGGAGCUAGAAGUCGAAGGGCGCUUCGGUGAAGAUGAGGCCUGGAGGAACUAUCUAUCGGCUAUCGGAAAGACACGUAGAAGGUGACGUUGUUGAAGACGAGGAGUGUUAUCCCUACGGCGAUAGCCUCGGAACUCCAGGUGACGCGGAAGAUACCGGUGAAGCUGAUUUGCCACGUGACGGCUUUAUGAUCGGUCCGAACUUUUAAACGAUGAGAUCUGUAUCGCGCUGUGGGAUUGCGAGGAAGAAGUUCGAGAGGAGUUUGGCUCGAAUGACCGCUACGCAGCUACCUGCCGCUGGACCGAAUUGGAGGAAUCGUGGAAAUCGUUUGUCGGUUGGCUGGGUGAGCGCUGGUGGGGCUCGGUGUCGGAAGAGUCCGUCAGGACCUUCAUGGAUUCAUCCGAGAGACGUCGCGUCAGGGAUAUCGUCGUCUCGGCGUGCUUCGGUGACACGCCCGGGGGAGUUUGUUCUUUCACAGUGAAGACCGAAAGCGGCCUGCUGUCACUUCCUUUGCUUAUCCGUCGAAGACGCUACGUGUGCACCGACUUGGCGGAAGGUGAUUUUUCGUGUCCGAUCAACAUGUUGAGAAAGCUGGCCCGUGAAACCUACACACACUUGCUCCCCCGACCCACAACGAUACCUUCCGAUCCCCAGAGCUUUUCUCUUACACGGGUAGUGGAUGAUAUGUGGAGCGUUUUAGAAUUGGUGAAAAGCGGAUGGAGUGACGUUUCCCGACCCCAUCGCAUAAUACAGUAUCUACAAAACAAGGAAGGACCCUCUGUUACGCCAGCGGCGUUAAUUUGCUGCGUAGAUGAUGACAGUCUGGGAUACCUGUUUGAGAUUAUAGACGCCAAGGGGAAGAGUCUGAAAGUAACAUUUGAUAAAUGGGGCUUCACGUUUGGAUCGGGUCUACAUUUCUCCGGACUCACAAGUCUGCUGUCACAUAUCUGUGAGGUCGAUGGAGUACACUUUGUGAUUAACUGUAGAUUCUUGCUCACUGCGAGCGAACCGGAGCGUCCGAUGUAA